CUUGAUACUGGUCAACAACAACAGCUGCUUCGCCAGAAAGCAAACGUUGGAUGGCGAUGUGACGUGUACGUCAACCACCCGUGUGAGGUCUGAAACUUGUUGCAGUGUCCGCUGCUCGUCCACGGUGCCUGUCUCAACAGGAGCACCAUGGCAAUGUGGAUCCAGGCCCAGCAGCUGCAGGGUGAGGCAUUGCACCAGAUGCAGGCUCUGUACGGCCAGCACUUCCCCAUUGAGGUGCGCCACUACCUGGCCCAGUGGAUUGAAUGCCAGCUCUGGGAUUCGGUGGAGUUGGACAACCCAGCGGAAGAAGCCAAAGCCAAGCGUCUGCUGGAAAAUCUGGUGGGCGAGCUGCAGAAGAAAGCCCAGCUCCAGGGAGGAGAAGAUGGCUUCCUGCUCAAGAUCAAGCUGGGUCACUAUGCCAACCAGUUAAAGAGCACUUACGACCGCUGUCCUUUGGAGCUGGUGCGCUGCAUUAAACACAUCCUCCACUCUGAGCAACGGCUGGUUCAAGAAGCUACCAAUGCCAGCUGUGGGAGUGGGGUGCAGGCUAUGGACAGCCUGUCGCAGCGGCAUCAGCAGAUAAACCAGUCCUUUGAAGAGCUCCGCCUGGCCACACAGGAGACGGAGAAUGAACUAAGAAAGCUACAGCACAGCCAGGAGUACUUCAUCAUCCAGUACCAGGAGAACCUGCGCAUCCAGGCCCAGCUGAGCAGCCUGUCGUCGCUGCCUCAAGCUGAGCGCACCCAGCGGGAGACCACCCUACAGAGUAAGAGGACCACUGUGGAUGCCUGGCUCACCAGAGAGGCCAGCACAUUACAGAAAUACAGGCUUGACCUGUCAGAACAACACCAGAAGACCCUGGCCCUGCUGAGGAAGCAGCAGACUCUGAUCCUGGAGGAGGAGCUCAUCCAGUGGAAGAGGAGGCAGCAACUGGCUGGCAACGGGGGCCCUCAUGAAGGGGGACUGGAUGUCUUGCAGUCCUGGUGUGAGAAGCUGGCUGACCUGAUCUGGCAGAACCGGCAGCAGAUCCGACGCUGUGAGCAUCUCACCCUGCAGCUUCCUCUGCCAGGCCCCAUGGAGGAGCUGCUGAGCAAACUCAACGCCGACAUCACCGACAUCAUCUCUGCCCUGGUUACUAGUACCUUUAUCAUUGAAAAGCAGCCGCCCCAGGUCUUGAAGACCCAGACCAAGUUUGCAGCCACAGUGCGCCUCCUGGUGGGUGGGAAGCUCAACGUCCACAUGAACCCCCCUCAGGUCAAAGCUGUUAUUGUUAGCGAGCAACAGGCCAAAGCUCUGCUGAAGAAUGAGAGCACACACAGUGAAAGUAGUGGAGAAAUCCUGAACAACAACUGUGUAAUGGAGUAUCAGCAGGCGACUGGCACCCUCAGUGCACAUUUCAGAAGCAUGUCACUAAAGCGGAUCAAGCGGUCAGACCGGCGAGGUGCAGAGUCUGUGACAGAAGAGAAGUUCACCGUUCUGUUUGAAUCCCAGUUCAGCGUCGGGGGCAACGAGCUAGUCUUCCAUGUUAAAACCUUAUCGCUGCCCGUGGUAGUGAUCGUCCACGGCAGUCAGGACAACAACGCCACAGCCACUGUCCUGUGGGACAACGCCUUUGCUGAGCUGGGCAGAGUGCCAUUUAUUGUGCCAGACAAGGUGCUGUGGCCCCAGCUGUGUGAGACCCUUGACAUGAAGUACAAGGCAGAGAUGCACAGUGGGCGUGGUCUGUCGGAGGACAACAUGGUCUUCCUGGCUCAAAAAGCUUUCACUAACAGCAGCAACAACCCCGAGGACUCUCGAAACAUGACCAUAUCCUGGGCCCAGUUCAACCGGGAGAGCCUACCGGGACGAAACUUUACCUUCUGGCAGUGGUUUGAUGGAGUUGUGGAGCUCAUGAAGAAACAUCUGAAACCUCACUGGAAUGAUGGGGCCAUCCUGGGCUUCGUUAACAAGCAGCAAGCACAGGACAUGCUGCUGUCCAAACCCAAUGGCACCUUCCUACUGAGAUUCAGCGACUCUGAGAUUGGAGGCAUCACCAUCGCCUGGGUAGCUGAGAAUCCCAACAAACCAGGUGAAAGGCUGGUCUGGAACCUGUUGCCUUAUACAACCAAGGACUUCUCCAUUCGGUCCCUGGCUGACCGCAUCAGUGACCUGAACCACCUUCUGUUUCUCUACCCGGACCGGCCCAAAGACGAAGUCUUCGCCAAAUACUACACCCCCCCACUCUCAAAAGCAGUGGACGGAUAUGUAAAACCGCAGAUCAAACAAGUUGUGCCUGAAUUCACCACCCCGAACCCUGAACCCAGUGGAGGAGCUCCUACCUUCAUGGACCAAACAGCUUCUCCCUCUGUGAGCCUCCCCAACAACUUUGGUGUCUACCCUUCUAUGAGUGAAGCUAUUUUGGACCCAGAUGGAGACUUUGACCUGGAUGACACAAUGGACGUGGCUCGCCAUGUGGAGGAGCUGCUCCGCAGGCCAAUGGCGAACCAGUGGAGCAGUCAGCAGUCCUGAAAGUGCCCAACACCUUCAGGUCCCCUCCAACUUAUCUAACAGACACCCACCAACUGUAAAUGAAAUGCUGAAAAAUGUACACUUCUCUAUUGAUGGAAAUUAUUUUUAUUAGUAUUUAGUAAAUCCCAAAAGAAAUGUAAAGACUUAAAGUAAGACUAUGUAAUUUUUGUUAGCUUCUGUUACAACAAGUGAUAUUUAAAGGAUAAGGGCAAGUUGAAUUUUCUUUAAUUUCCAAGGAUUCUCCAGUUGCCAUAAAUACAUCCCAGUUAGGUGAGCUGAAAACAGGAAGCAACACAUAUGUGGUACAUUGGAGCUGUUGCUCUGUCAUUAGCUUAGCUGUGGCUUAACCUUCAUACCAGAAUAAAAACCAAGCUGCUGUGUCCUAUUGAAGCUUAACUAAAACCAGCAAAAAUGUCACCGGUAAUCAGUGCACUUUUUGACAAUCAGUAUCUCUCACGAUUUCUCAUUAAGGACAACACAAUACACAAAUGUGUCAAUGCGUUAUUACUUCUAUACUGAUCACAGAAACGUACUGAUGCGCCUGCAAAGGAAAGAAAGAAGAUGAUUGCAGUCAUGGCCAGCCAGUAAACACAGAUGAAACUAUGCAGGUCUGCAAGAAAUCUGCAGAUGUGUUGAGGAAAUUCCCAGGAGACCUUAGUUAAGUCUAAAUUAUGCAUGCACUGUUUUGGUGAGUAACACUGACUGUAGAGAGGAACUGUUUACAUUUAUAUUACAAAUUUACAGUGAUUCAUUUAGUGACUAUGGCAAACCACUAUAUAUUGUUUCAGUGGUACGAGAGAAAUAAACUGGGCUAAACCGUAAAUUCACUGAAACCAAUUUCAGCACCUACCCUUUUCUGGGAUUAAAGAGUUCACCCUAAUUAUGGUCAUAUUGACACAGCAGUCGGGAUCAGCUGAGCACACUCAGCAGAUUGUUAGAUUAACCCUUUCAAAGCGCAGCUAAGCGCUAGGUGACACAGCAGCAGCUUUGAAUAAGAGCCCCGGCAUGUAUUCAGUAAUGUGCUCAUGCACAAUGUGGUUGGGUGUCAUCCCUCAGCCAGCUGAGUUGGUAGUGAGGUCCACAGCAGUGUUGUAACUCGUUAGCCAAGGCCACACUGGAUCCAGUGCAAAUUUGCCCCAGAGGGCUUUACAGUCGGAAUACAUGCAACAUCCUCUGUCCCGAAACCCUCACAUCAGCACAGGAAAAACUCUCCAAAAAAUGAAAAACCCUUCCAUGGGGAAAAAAGGGAAGAAACCUUAGGGAGAACCUCAGCGGAGGGAUACCUCUCCCGGGAUGGACAGACUGCAAUGGAUGUGAUGUCUACAGAAUGAACAAUAUAAAAGAUGUACAAUACAUUCAAUUCCAACAGAAAUUAUUCAAAUAAUUGUGAGUAACAAGCCAGGUGUACGGCAGGGACAACCACCAUCCACAGGCCUGUGGUGAGGGGAAGCACAAAGACUUUAGGAAAGGGUAAUGUUGGUUUAUGAUGACAGUAAUAGUAAUCUAUGUUAAAAUGAUGCUAGCAGCAGCAGUUGUCAGCAGGGCCACGGCAUGAGGCAGGAACAGUGUCCAGAUGGAUCCAGGGAAGCAUGUGAGGCGAGAAAGCACAAAGUUCUAAAAAUUGAAUUCUCAGUUACAGCCAUUUGGUUAUUUUUGUAUAUUUUAAAAUAUUUCAUAUUACUGCCAUACUUCUAUAUUGGUACUACAGUGCCUGAAAGGACCAUGUUUAAUUGGUCGUAGACAGAUAUGGUUCUAGAUGCCAUAAAUUUGUCUCAUGAAGUGAUUUCCCAAGUCUGAUUUUGUUUUGUUUUCAUUCUUGUAGGUUGAAUAUUGAAUACAAAUGUUGGUUUAUUUUGAUCAUUUGUGUAUAUUCAAUGUAUAUUCUGUCAUUCUUUUUUAUAUAUAUAUCCAUGAGAAGAUGAAAUGCGUCCUUGGGGUUUACAAGCCUAAUCAAAUAAGGUUUCAGUUUUCUAGCAUGAAAUAUUGUAGCAUAACAUCUGGGAAAGACCAGCAAGUAUACGCUAGAAUGCAAACUGAGAAGCCAAUGCCAGUAUCUCCUACUGCUCUCCAAUGGAAGCCGCUCAUGCUGUAACAGUCAUUUAAUCUCAGCCGUCCCUUCUGGUUUCCCCAAAGCCAGUCCCCCAAAAGGAUUAUGAUGAAUGUAAAAGAAAAGUUAUGAAUCGAUUCCACCUCUAUCAGGAGGAGUUGUUCACCUCGAGUCAAUGUAAUUCCACUUUUAAAGUGCUGUUUUGACAUGUGAGUUCAAAGGUCAACUUUAAAUGAAUUUCAAUAACGUGCUCAUCUGUUUGUUACCCACUGGGUCUGCAUUCAAGUAUUCCAUAUCAUAUUCUGAGUGAUGCAUUGCAUAGACUGAUGUGUGAUAUUGUUUUGUGGAGGUCUGACUGUGGCGGUGGUAUUGAAUGCCUACAAUUCAAGUUAAUGUGAGGAAUUUUUAACCGGUUCUGAAACGGUCUAAAUGUAUUACUGAAAUCAGUAGUGAUCCCUCUACGUAUAGCUCAAACCAUAGAGAGCAAUCCAGCCUUGGACCUGCAGUUUGAAGAUCUGUGGGCAAGGAGGAGAGCUCAGCCACCAGCAGCAUUGUCUCCUCCCCCCUCUGGAGCAGAGCAUAUCCUCCCUGCUCCUCCAUCCCCCAUUGGGAGCAAACAGCGACACCACGCUGCUGGAGGCCCACUCCUUAUUGAAGGGCCCGUUGUAGGAAAGGUAUGCUAGGGAGAGCCCAACCAGGACUGAUUGUGGCAGACUGUCAAUUUUAUUUUGUAUAGGCCAAAAUCCCAAAUUUGGUACAGGAAAAACACUCCCAAUGAACCCUGCUAAGUCAAAGGUUUUCUCAAGGGACUCUGGCACUCUGAAGCACUACCACUUUAGUCCACAGGGAGCACCAGAAUUAGUCAGUGGAUUCCUUUGGGAGGAAGUUCAAACCUCAUACCUCAUACUUUGUAGUACUACUCGGUCAGAAGUGUUGAUCAUGUGUUAUCUCUGCUGAUAAUCAUUGAGUCCAAUCCCGAUGAACUUCAUGACCAGGCUGAAUCCUACUGACUUUUUUUAUAUCCCUGUUUCUCCAUUCUUGGUGAUCUUCAGUAACUGUUUUGUGCCUGUCGCCAUUCCAGCUGCGCAACUGCACUAGCCUCAACCUUCCUUUUAGAAAACAAAACUCGCCCCGGAGGAAAGUAAACAGCCAACCUCAAGAAAACGCACUGUGAUAUGAAUGGUAAAAAUUAACCAAAUAAUACCUGAUGACAUGGGAGUCCUUUCCAGCUCUCACUUGUGCCUCUAAUGCUUUUUGUUGUGUAUUGUUAAAUGAAAGCUGAAACAAACUUGAUCAGCGAAAGUGAACAAGCACAUAAAACUGAUGUUUAUGCCCCUGCAGUUUGUCUUCAGUGUGAUGCCCUCUAGCUGCCUGCAGCCUUUGGCCGCUCUGUAUUUACUUCCACAUGUGCCACAUUUGCUGAAAGUAUGAUCUUUGGAUUUUAGACUUUAAAUAAACCAUUUUUGUAUGA